AGGGGCUUAAGCGACCUCCCCAAGGGAAAGCUGACACCCCAUGGGGCUAUUACCCUGGUUGGAGAGUUCAUGUCUGCGUCCAGCCUCGGACUGUGUUCUCACUUGCUCUGCCCAACUGACUGUGCCCUCAGCCACCUCAUCACCAGGAGGAGAUUUGGGUUGGAGUUGUUGCAGUCUCCAUGAGAUACAUAACUCUGAAAGCCGACUUUUGCCAUCAGCAGGAUAAUUCUGAAGGUUCUCAGGCCAUGGAGCUGUGAAUUUCCCUUCUUUCAGUGUCUGCAUCAUUGGGAACCAAGCACCCAACCAAUGUUUAUUCAUUCACUCAACCAAUAUUUAUGGAACAUCAUGGCCCUAGGGGUGGGGAACAAGAAAGACAAGAAUUAUUGUCCUGGGUAGGUUACUGAGGAGUGGGGAGGCUGGCAGGAAGCCUCCUAACUAGAAUACACACUAGGUCAAGGCAGUAUUCCCACUGCCUUGGGGAAUGGAAGGGAAGGCCAGGAUGCGAGUUCUACAGACUUAAGUAAGAUGAUCUGGGAAGUAGCAUUUGAGUGGAGUGUGGAAGGAGGGGAGGGAGAGAGUGUUCCAGGCAGCGGGAACAGCAGGUGCAAAGGCCCUGGGGCAGACGUGUGCCUGGACGGUGAAGGCUUUCGGGCUGUGUGUCUGGAGUAGGUGAAAGAGAGAGAAGGUCGGCAAGGACUGGAUAAGCAGAGCAAUUCUGUGUCUAUAGCCCAAAGGGACUGAUGUGACUAAGCAGGACUUCUUUGCCUGCUGUAUUGAGCGCUGGUGACAGGGCAUGGGAAGAAGUUAGAAGCUGCUGCAGAGGUCCCAGUGGGCCGUGAUGAGGGCACUGCUAUGCAGGGGUGAGAAUCAAUCAGAUUCUAGACACAUCUCAACAUGGAGGACCAAGACUUUCAUCUAAAUCUAAACAAUGGUCAGGAAAUGUUGAUUUGAGAUGUGUCCAUUGGGAUUAUUUAGAUACUUCCCACAGUCGAUCACGAGAACCAAGAAGGGGCCAGAAUUCAUCCUAGUCUUCCUAGGAUUUUCCCAAGAGUAGAAAUGACGAAGAACUGGGUGACCAUUCACAAAGGAGAGAGGAGUCCCCAGCCCCCAACCCUGAAGCCUUCCCCUCAGUCACUGCCUUCUGUGGGUCGACCAGAUGCCUGGACUGUUCUUGGCCAUCCCUGUGGUUCUUACAUCAAUGCCCAGCUGUUGGAAUGUACUGGUGCUUUGACAGCUCAUGGAAGCCCCAUAUAAGGCACUGCUUCUGUGGGAUGUGCCUGUCAAACCUGCUCAUCCGCUGCCGUUCAGUUCAGCCAGGUGUUGGGCCACAUUCAGUCAUCACUUCCCUGGGAGGGGGAAGGCAAGUGCACACACUCCAUCUGGCAGAGAGCAGGUCAGCCUACGGAGGGGCUCAGCCAACACAGGUUUGAUGGGGCCUGAGAGCAGUCCCAGGGGAGUGGGAGGGGCCAGCUUCUUCCUCAGGAGUGGAGGUGCUGCCCUGUGUGUGGACUAGAAAGCAGAAAACGACUUGUCUGUGUUGCUGGGUCAAUCACUGAAACAUUCGCUGAAUGCUGAGUUCUGCCUUAAAACAGCACGGGUCGUGUUAGAUGAAAGGGAUCCUCUGUUUUAUACUCUGAUCUCACUGUUGCCGCAGGAUCAAGGACCGGGGAAAGAAGGUGUCGAAGUUCAGAACAAAGCUGGAGUGCAGUGGCGCAAUCUCGGCUCACUGCAACCUCUGCCUCCCAGGUUCAAGCGAUUUUCCUACCUCAGCCUCCUGAAUAGCUGGGACUACAGACUGGAGUGCAGUGGCACACUAUCUCAGCUCACGGCAACCUCCACUUCCCAGGUUCAAGUCAUUCUCCUGCCUCAGCCUCCUGAAUAGCUGGAUCUACAGGGUGAAGAAUCUUCUUCUUUGGCUGGAAGACUCUCUUGCCACCGUAGUUUUGUCCCGGAUGUGUGACUAAAGAAAUCCAGUGGUCAGCCUGCGGCUCUUCCUUCUGCCCAGCUCCCUCCCACCCAGCAGCAGAGAAAGGAGGCAGCCGGCACCACCCUGGGCUUUGGAGACACCGCAGGGACUGCAGACCCCAACCUGCUGCACAGAACUCCUGUGAAAGCAAAUCUGAGCCCCACGGGAGGAAUUCAAGGAGAGUGGCAGAAUGCAGUGAGAAGAGAGAGUUUAUUGAAAGCCAUUCAGUUACAGAGGAAGGCGUCCUCAGAAAGCAAGAGGAGGAACGUGCUGGCUUUGUUUUAAACUCUUCUGAUACAGGGAUCUUAUCUACGUAAAAGCUAAGUUAUGUCUACGCGUGGGUGGCUGACAGCAUGACAAUAUUUAGUACUUUGUUGACUUAUAGAAAGUUAUCCUUGACCUGGCGCAGUGGCUCGCACCUGUAUUCUCAACACUUCGGGAGGCCAAGGUGACCAAUCAUUUGAGCCCAGCAUUCAAAACCAGCCUGGGCAACAAAGCAAGACACCAGCUCUACAAAAAAUGCAAAAAUUAUCUGGGUAUGGUGGCCCAUAUUUGCAGUCCCAGCUGCUCAGGACUCCCGAGUAGCUGGGACUACAGGCGCAGCUAAUGCCACCAUGCCCAGCUAAUUUUUGUAUUUUUAGUAGAGACAGGGUUUCACCAUGUUGACCAGGAUGGUCUCGAUCUCUUGACCUCGUGAUCCACCCGCCUCGGUCUCCCAAAGUGCUGGGAUUAUAGGCGUGAGUCACGGCGCCCAGCCGAGUAUAAUAAUUUUAAAAGCACAUUGUGUCCUGUGAUGUUGGGGUGUCUGGACAUUUUGUUGUUGUGGGAGCUUGUCCUUGCAGAUGUUACGAAGCUUCUUCCUCCACCUAAACAUCUCAGGACCCUGGGUUCUGACUGGCAAAGAGUGUGUGUGUGCCUUGCUAAUUUUGCGACGGAGUUGGUUUUAAAAUGGUGUCACCCUGGCUCUCUGUUCCUGCUUCCUGACGAUUCCACCCCCAUGGCUGCUCCUCCUAGGGUUCUCCUUGAGUCCAGCCAUGGGGGAACUGUGCCGCAAGGACUCCACGCUUACAGCGCUGGACGAGGAGACGCUGUGGGAGAUGAUGGAGAGCCACCGUCACAGGAUCGUACGCUGCGUUUGCCCCAGCCGCCUCACCCCCUACCUGCGCCAGGCCAAGGUGCUGUGCCAGCUGGAUGAGGAGGAGGUGCUGCACAGUCCCCAGCUCACCAACAGUGCCAUGAGGGCUGGGCACUUGCUGGAUUUGCUGAAGACUCGAGGGAAGAAUGGGGCCAUCGCCUUCCUGGAGAGCCUGAAGUUCCACAACCCUGACGUCUACACCCUGGUCACUGGGCUGCAGCCUGCUGUUGACUUCAGCAACUUUAGCGGUCUCAUGGAGACAUCCAAGCUGACCGAGUGCCUGGCUGGGGCCAUCGGCAGCCUGCAGGAAGAGCUGAACCAGGAGAAGGGUCAGAAGGAGGCACUGCUGCGGCAGUGCCAGCAGCUGCAGGAGCGCCUGGGCCUUGCCGAGACCCGUGCCGAGGACCUGCACCAGUUGGAGGCUGACCACAGCCGCAUGAAGCGUGAGGUUAGCGCCCACUUCCAUGAGGUGCUGAGGCUAAAGGAUGAGAUGCUCAGCCUGUCGCUGCACUACAGUAAUGCACUGCAGGAGAAGGAGCUGGCCGCCUCACGCUGCCGGAGCCUGCAGGAGGAGCUGUAUCUACUGAAGCAGGAGCUGCAGCGAGUCAACAUGGUUUCCUCCUGCGAGCUGGAAUUGCAGGAGCGGUCCCUGAGGAUGGCCAGUGACCUGGAGUCUGGGGACAAGGAGCUGAACCGCCUGAAGGAGGAGAAUGAGAAACUACGCUCACUGACUUUCAGCCUGGCGGAGAAGGACAUUCUGGAACAGAGCCUGGAUGAGGCGCGGGGGAGCCGCCAGGAGCUGGUGGAGCGCAUUCCCUCCCUGAGGGAGAGGGCUGUGGCUGCGGAGAGACAGCGAGAGCAGUACUGGGAAGAGAAGGAGCAGACGCUGCUGCAGUUCCAGAAGAGUAAGAUGACCUGCCAGCUCUACAGGGAGAAGGUGAACGCGCUGCAGACCCAGGUGUCCGGGCUGCAAAAGGAGCGUGACCAGGCGUACUCUUCGAGGGACAGUGCUCAGAGGGAGAUUUCCCAGAGCCUGGUGGAGAAGGACGCCCUCCGCCGGCAGGUGUUUGAGCUGACGGCCCAGGUCUGUGAACUGCGCACACAGCUCCACCAGCUGCAGGCAGAGCCUCCGGGUGCGCACAAGCAGGAAGCCAGGACCAGGGAGCCCUGUACGAGGGAGAAGCAGCGGCUGGUGAGGAGGCAUGCCAUUGGCCCCAGAGACGACAGCCACUGCAGCCUCACCAGCUCCUUAGAGUCUCAGCUCUGGUCAGACCUGAGCGCCACAUCCAGCCGCGAGCUGGUGGACAGCUUCCGCUCUAGGAGCCCUGUGCCCCCCAGCCAGCAGUCCCUGUACAAGCGGUUGGCCGAGGACUUCGGGGAAGAACCCUGGUCUUUCAGCAGCUGCCUGGAGAUUCCAGAAGUAGGCCUUGGAGCCCCGCCAGGAACGAAGGCGGGUGACACAGACCUGGAUUAUGAGGUCCUAGAUGGGGCAGACCUUCCCCAGCUAGAAAGCAGCCUGCAGCCAUUCUCCGCUGGAAGCCUGGAUGUCUCGGAGAGCAGCAUGCUCAUGAGGCGGAGGCUGGCCCGCAGGAUCCUGAGCCAGGUCACGGUGCUGGCGUUCCAGGGGGAUGCACUGCUGGAGCAGAUCAGCAUCAUCGGCGGCAACUUCACAGGCAUCUUCAUCCACCGGGUCACCCCGGGCUCAGCGGCGGACCAGAUGGCUUUGCGCCCAGGCACCCAGAUCGUGAUGGUUGAUCACGAAGCCUCAGAGCCCUUGUUCAAGGCAGUCCUGGAGGACACAACCCUGGAGCAGGCCGUGGGGCUUCUCGGGAGGGUGGACGGCUUCUGCUGCCUGUCUGUGAAGGUCAACAUGGACGGUUAUAAGAAGCUGCUCCAGGACCUGGAGGCCAAAGCGGUGACCUCAGGGGAUUCAUUCUACAUCCGGGUCAACCUGGCCAUGGAGGGGAGGGCCAAGGGGGAGCUGCAGGUGCAUUGCAAUGAGGUCCUGCACGUCACCGACACCAUGUUCCAGGGCCACAGCUGCUGGCACGCCCACCGCGUGAACCCCUACACCAUGAAGGAUGCUGCAGGCCACGGCACCAUCCCCAACUACUCCCGGGCUCAGCAGCAGCUCAUAGCCCUCAUCCAGGACAUGACUCAGCAGUGCACAGUCACCCGCAAGCCAUCUUCCGGGGGACCGCAGAAGCUGGUCCGCAUCGUCAGUAUGGACAAAGCCAAGGCCAGCCCUCUGUGUUUGUCCUUUGACAGGGGCAAAUCAGACUCCAGCAGGAUGGAGGACUCCAGUACGUGCUUCUGGGCUGAGAGCUGCUUCACCUUGGUGCCCUACACCCUGGUGUGCCCGCAUCGGCCCGCUGGGCCCCGGCCUGUGCUCUUCGUGCCCAGGGUGGUUGGGAAGAUCCUGAGUGAGAAGCUGUGCCUCCUCCAAGGGUUUAAAAAGUGCCUGGCAGAGUACUUGAGCCAGGAGGAGUAUGAGGCCUGGAGCCAGAGAGGGGACAUCGUCCAGGAGGGAGAGGUGUCUGGGGGCCGCUGCUGGGUGACUCGCCAUGCUGUGGAGUCCCUCAUGGAAAAGAACAUCCACGCCCUCCUGGACAUCCAGCUGGACAGUGUCUGCGCCCUGCACAGAAUGGACAUCUUCCCUAUCAUCAUCCACGUCUCUGUCAAUGAGAAGAUGGCGAAGAAGCUCAAGAAGGGCCUACAGCGGCUGGGCACCUCGGAGGAGCAGCUCCUGGAGGCCGCCAGGCAGGAGGAGGGAGACCUGGACCGGGCGCCCUGUCUGUACAGCACCCUGGCUCCCGACAGCUGGAGCGAUGUGGACGGCCUGCUCAGCUGUGUCCGCCAGGCCAUUGCCGACGAGCAGAAGAAGGUGGUGUGGGCAGAGCAGAGCCCUCAGUGACGAACCCAUAUGCCUUCCCGGGACUGUGGAGUCCUCUGGGUGCCGGUGAAUGCAGUCCUGUUCCUGAGCUCAGGGCCUCUGGCAGAACUGUGGGCUCCUUGGCACAUGAGGCCAGCUCUCCCCUCUGGCUGGGGUCUAACGUUGAACCCUCACCAUGCGCAGGGCGCACAUGGUGAAGCCACUUGUAUCUGCUUACUUUUCUGUGGAAACCAUCUUCACCUGUCACCAGGCUUGCCAUGGUCUAAACUGGAGACUCUGAGAAUGUUUCUGCCGUGGGAAAGGAGGGACGCCUUUCCACGCCUUCCCUAGAACUGGAGGCCCCAGGCCUCUGCAAAACCACCUGUCUGUAGGCCUGAUUCAAAUCCGAGGGGCUGCACCUCCCUUUUACAUUUUGAUGUGUCAAAGUCUUGCUCCAAAAGCACAGCAGCAGUGGGUGGGGAGCCAGGGGGGCCCCCAAGGUUGCUGCCACCCUUGCCGGGGGCAGAGGCACAAGCCCACAUAUGCCAUGACCCUGCCUUUUCUCAGCUUCUGAGGCUGCGAUGCCUCCAAACUCCAGUCUACAGAGGCCGGUGUGUUUACUUGUAAAUGAUGUUUCUGGUUGAUACAGACAGUACUCUCAGUGGGCCCAUGCCCGUUCAGUGGGGUCAUCCUGGAAAAGCCUGGCACCAACACCCCUGUACAGGGCCCGGUGGACUCUGCCUUCCCCCAACCUGACUUUGCACCCCAGCCCUCAAACAUCGCUACUCCACCCCCAGGGCUCAGGGGAGGACCCAAGUCCCCCAGCGCCUGGCCUUGCCUGACCUCCUGGGACUGUGGCAGAGUGAAUGUCAUUAGACAACAGUGUCUGAAAACCAGAAAGCUGUUCUAGAAUUCAGUAUUGUCAUAAAGCAGUUCAGAAAAAGAACUGUAUUUUACUGAAAUAAAAAGGUUUCACAGUCA